UGGCAGCUCUGCGCGCCUUUUAAUAGCAGAACUGACCUGUUAUUAACACAAAUUACGCAAUCAAAUUUGUGUACAUAAUCAGUCUGGGCUUUGUUUACAUCCUGUGUUGUGUUGUGUUGUCAAGUGCUGAACUGUCGGGCGCCCAGUGUCUAAAACUUAAUGUAUGUCAGUUCGUCGUCUUAGUUCUUAUUAUCUGAAUUAAAAGACCCAGUUUAACAGUUACUUCGAUUAAGCUUCAAUCGUUUUUGUAGCAGCAAUGUAAAUAAACGUCUAGCUGUGUGAAACAGUAGCACGUUAUGUUGUUGUUAAGGUAUCCCUUUCAUUGAUUAUUGUUGUGACCUAUUCAGUCAUGUAACACCCAAGAGGUCUGCGGGUUAUUGUGGGUUAUUGCUUAUAUAUUUGACAGGUUGAUAACGACGGAAACUUGUUCUCAGUGUGUGUCUGUAGCAGGUCAUGGCUGUUAGAGAGCUCUGUCUAAUUGAUAAGGAUAUUUCAAGUCUACUAGAGGUCCCUCUGAAUCCCAGUAUUUCAUCUCUGAAUCUUCACUGUAAUCGCCUCACUAAGAUUGAGGGCUUGACGACAGCAUGGCACAUAAAACAUCUGGACCUGUCAUCCAAUCACAUCUGUCGUAUAGAGGGAUUAGCUUCCCUGUCCUCACUGUGCACCUUAAACCUGUCCUGCAACUUAAUCACCAAAGUAGAAGGACUCAAUGGACUAACAAGUCUCACAAGACUGAAUUUGGCCUACAAUCAAAUAAAUGACCUAACUGGUCUCUUGUAUCUUCAUGGAGCAGAGUACAAACUGAAGUACCUACAGCUCCACAGCAAUCGUUUGGAUAGCAUGAACCACCUGCUGCAGUGCAUGGUGGGACUGCAGAAUCUGAAAGAUGUUACUCUUAGCAAGGAUGGUGCACAGAAUCCAGUCUGCUCACUGCCAGGCUACAGAGAGAUGGUUCUUCAGUCUCUGCAUCAAGUCACUACACUAGAUGGAGUAGAUCGCAUAGGAAAUCCAUCUCCUUUAGCAGAAGACAGUCCUAUGGAUGUUCCUGGUCUUGAGGACUUUCUUGAGUUUCUAAUUUCAUCAGACACCAGUGUUAAUGAAGAACUGGCAAAGUCAGAUGCUCCUCUCACUACUGCGCGGAUUGAUGAAGUCCUGACCCAGUUUCGACAACGAGGUGGAAAACCAACUACAGAAAAUCAAGAAAAUGAGCAGCGAAUUAAAAAACUAGAGCAGCAGGUUUCCCAUCUCAUUCAGAAGGUCCCUACAGGGGAUGGCUUUAAAACAAACAGCGCUGUACCUUCUGUGAUACAUAAAGCAAAAAGAGACACCGAUCAGACAUCAGAGAGCGAAUGUGACAGUGGAAAAGAGAACCAACGGCAUUCCAGAAUCCUGUCUCAUCCCAGAGGCUCUGCAGGGAAAAAAUUGACCAAGGACACCAAACCCAAACAAUCUGACUGUGUGUCAAUUACACAAAAGCAGAAGUCCACAAAGCAGACUUUUGUACCCUGUAGGAGGACAUCAGUCCAGAGCUCUGGGACGGUUGAAACCACAGAGUCUGUAAAAAAGGGCCCUAAAAGCAUCAAAGCCAGUCCUAACAAAAGCUCAGCUCAAUCUCAAGAGGAAACCUACAGGGCAAUUGUGGAAGAGCGAGACCAGGAGCGCGAGCGGCGCUGGAAGGCAGAGCAGGCUGCAAAGAGACUUUCUGAACAGGUCAAGAACUUGCAGACUCGAGCCAGCGAGGAAAAGGACUUGCAAAGUUUGGCCUUACACAACACAGACAGGUUGAAGGAGAUGUUGUUAAAAGAGCGCUCUGAUCGGGCAGCAUUGCAGACUCGUUUGCAGGAGUUGGAGGAGAGAUACAGGUCUACGUUAGAGCAGCUGGAGCAGGUGCACAACCGGGAAGACCAACACAAGAAGGCGCUGCGCAGUCUGGAGGACAGCAUGACCAAAGCAGAGGCCCUCAGGGUCCAGCAGCGUGCAGAAGAGAUGAAGAGGACUCGGGAGUUAGAGAAUAAAGCAUCUGCCUUAAAAAGGGAAGUUGAAAUAAUCCGCGCAUCGGCUCGACAGCACAAAGAGAAGAUGCAGCAGUUGCAUGAACUGUUGACUUCUAGGGAGGAUAUGCACAGGAAAGAGCUUGCAACGCGGCUGCUUCCUGGUGGGACUGAGUUUAAGGAGGCUGUAGCCAAAGAGGUGGUGGUGAUAGAGCAGAGAUUUGCUCAGAAACAGACUGAUUUGGAAGAGAAGAUCUCUGAUGCUAGGAGACAGUAUGCUGCUCUAGAGGAUGAAUUUCGUAUGGCUCUCUCCAUUGAGGCAAAGCGUUUCUCAGAGGUAAAGGAAGGGUUUGAUCAGGUAUCUGCUGAACUCUUAGACGUGAAGUCAAGUCUCAGCUUGUCUCAGCAGAAAGAGAAGCAGUCAGCCUCUUUGGUGCAGGAGCUCACAGCUAUGGUGAAAGAACAGAAAACACGCAUUGCUGAGCUCCUCAAAGCCAAGCGAGAAGCCGCCGCUGAGUUCAAGACCCGUGUACACUCAUUGGAAUCCAGGUUAGAGGACGAUAAACGAUUUAACCUACAGGUGGAGCUACUGAAAAAGGACAAGUCCAAGCUGCUGUCCCAGCUUACUGCUCACGAGUCUGUCAUAGAUGGACUACGGGCAGAGAGGAAGAUCUGGGGCCAAGAACUUGCACAGCAAGGUGCAUCCUUAGCGCAGGACCGUGGUCGACUGGAGGCCAGAAUUGAGGUUUUGUUAGGCGAACUGGAAUCGCAGAAGAAGCAGAACGAGAGAGACAAUGAUGCACUCAGGAUUAAAGCUAAGAUUGUUGAUGACCAGACAGAGACUAUUCGUAAACUAAAAGAGGCAUUGCUGGAGCGAGAUGAGCAGAUCCGUAAACUUCGUGAUGAGAAUGUGCAGGACCAGCGAAAGCUGAAGCAGCAGCUGGAGGAGGAAAUGGCCUCUGCAGUGGAGCUCAGAGACACAGUGGAGCAGCUCAGCAUCAGGAAGGAGGAGCUGAAACAACAGCUCCUUGAUAAGGAGGCGGAGCUUGAUGAGGUUAAAGAGACAUACAGGGCCUCAAGUAAAAAAUGGCAGGAAAAGGCAGAACUGUUGAACAGGCUUGAAAGCCAGGUGAAGCGAAUGAAGGAGGGUUUUGAUUCCAAAGAGAGAGCACUGAUAGAGGAAAAAGACAAGGCUUUACAAGCACACCGAGCGGCAGUGGAGAAGCUUCACAGUGUGGAUGAUGCCUUCCGUAGACAACUGGAAUCUCUGCAAGCUUCCCAUCAAGCUGAAAUACUUAGUCUUGCAAAUGACAAACAGAAACGAAUAGAAAAGGCCAACCAGAAGGUACUCCAGGUGGAGGAGGAAAUGCGCCAGCUGCUUGAGGAAACUGAGAGUAAUAAAAGGGUAAUGGAGGAGAAAAUGAGACGCCUCACACAAGUGCUGAAAGACUUCUAACCUCCUAUCCAUUACAAACUAAAGACAAAAACUUGGAAGAUGCCUUUUUCAAGACUUAUGUCAAUGUCUCUCAGUCUGGCUGAGAACAUAUCCUGAAAUUAUUGUACUUCUGAGUGUCUAGCCUACUGUAUUGCCUAUUGUUUUUUUUGGCUUUAUGCUUCAAAUUAUAUAGAAAA